AUGUUGAGGAAUUCGCUCGUCAAGUUGACCUCCAGCAAAUCAUCAUAUGAUCUAAAUGACCUCCAAAUGAACCAGGACGAGUCACUCAUUUCCUUCUUCAACCAUUGUCUGCCUCGACUCCCCAAACUAGCAUCAUUCAUUGAAGAUCCAUGUGGUGAUCGCAGCCUCCAAAUCCUCCGCAUCGAUGACGUUGCAAUUUUUUUCCGGCGCACAAUCCGUGUACCUGAAACUGGACGUUCAAACAAUCUUCCACCUGGACUUGGGAACUUCCCACUUUACAAAGUUGCCGAAUUCUCUCGCGCCCUUCCACAAGAUAUGGUAGAGAAGGGCGGUUGGUUCUUUCCAAUGUACCAACGAGAAGCAAUGUGGUUGCAGUUCAGAUGCAGGUCGGAAUUUGCUAUUCGGAUAUAUGUUGGUGGUAUCAAUGCCAUCACUGGUGAGCCUAAAAUUCCGAACAUGGCUAUUGGCGUCGACAAAAAUCAGGACUACAUCGUCGUACCUGAACAGCAUUGGAUCGAUGGCAUUGCGACUGGUCCGGGUAUGGUUAAGCAAUUUGUUGCUGUUCCUUAUGGAUCAGGUUUUUCGGUUGAGUAUCAGAUCACAGGAUCGGAGACGAUAGGUGGCAUACAAUUCGAGGUAAUUCCGCCUUACCAUCAUCGUUCGGUAAGGUUUGAGGGCAGGGAUAUCUAUUGUACUCCCCGCGAGCUUGGACUUUCCCUCGGCUCCGAAUUGACGAUGACCAACCUGAGAGUCGAUCCAUUCCCUAUUGCCAGUGGAAGCAUGCGGAUCACAAUCUCCACUUUGACGGGAAAGAAGAUAAUUGUAUUUGCAGAGAAUUCUGAUACUAUAAACAUUCUCAAAUCCCGUCUGCAAGAGAAGGAAGGAUUUCCGAAGUCCAUUCAAUGGAUAUAUUUUGCUGGAAAAGAACUUGAAGAAGACCAGACGCUUUUAGACUACAAUAUUCAAGAGGAAUCAAGAGUCUUCGUGAUCUUGACACUGAGAGGGGGUGGGGGCUUGGUGAAGGGUUGGGAUUUGGCGCUACCGAUGGGUUUCGGCACUGGGGGAACGAUCAAGCAGGUCAUCGUAAAAGACCCCAACAACCCACGUAUCUGGGACGUUGAGAGGGCAGGGAUUGUCAAUGUACAAGUCAUGAACGCAGCACGAUUCGAAGACAUCACCAAGAUGAUGGCACCUCCGACCCCAGUUGACAUCAAAACGUAUGCUGCAGCAGGACUUCCCUUCUUUGAUGUCUUCAAUGAAUUGCCGACAGACAUCCAUGGAUAUUACAAGUUUAAGAAGGUCAAGACCGUAUCUGAGAUGGAUCAGAUCUUGGACGUGGGGUCAAACAUCAUGUACGAGCCUGGCACAUACAUCCCUUUGCAGAAAUGCCAAUGCCGAAAAAAUAUGUUAGAUUUAUUCGUCCUUGCAACCACGCCGUUUGCUCAGUUUGUUCAGCAUACGGUUCUCGCGCUCUUUGCCCGGUUUGCAUGA